AUGCCCUUACUUGAUUACCGCUCAAAAAUCUCCUAUGGCACAAUCGAUCAAAUGGAACAAUACAACGAAGAAGAAGGAGAACAUCUCCUUCAGGCAGGAUAUGAACCAGGGAACCAUGAUAGCGAUGUUGAGUCCACGGGGGAUUCUGUACAGGAGGGUGUCAGGAAGAUCGAAGCGAUCAACUUGACAUGGACCACGCGGUCUCUGAUCAUAGCAUACAUCAGUAUAUUUCUAAUGGCAUUCUGCACAUCACUCGAGGGUCAAACCGUGAUGUCCCUUUCGGCAUAUGCUACUAGCGCUUUUAGCAAACACUCGUUGAUUUCGACGGUUCUUGUCGUUCAGAAUGUCGUUAAUGCCGUCAUCAAGCCACCCAUGGCCAAAGUCGCCGAUGUAUUUGGCCGUUUCGAGGCUUUUUGCGUUAGUAUUCUGAUAUAUGUCCUCGGAUACAUUCAAAUGGCUGCUUCAACCAACGUUCAGACUUACGCAUCAGCCCAAAUAUUCUACUCUGCCGGCUCGACUGGCUUGCAAAUAUUGCAACAAGUCUUCAUCGCCGAUAGUAGUAGCCUUCUCAAUCGUGCACUUCUAGCACUCCUACCAGAGCUUCCAUUUUUGGUGACAGUCUGGAUCGGGCCAACGAUCGCUAAUACUGUACUUGAACACACUUCAUGGCGUUGGGGUUACGGCAUGUGGUCGAUCAUAUUGCCUGCUUCGUUUCUCCCUCUGGCGCUCUCGUUAUUGCUCAAUCAGCGCAAGGCCAAGAGGCUAAAUCUUAUCAAACCCAAGAGCGCUCACCGACGUGGAUUUUUUGCCGCCGUUCGCCACACUUGGUAUGAUCUUGACAUGUUUGGCUUGAUCCUGCUGUCGGCGGCAGUGACAUUGAUUCUUGUUCCCCUAACACUUGCCGCCAAUUCGAAGAAUGGGUGGAAGAACAACAGCAUCAUUGCCAUGAUUGUGGUUGGUAUCUUGUGUCUUUGUGCUCUACCCGCCUGGGAAACCUCGAAGAAACUGGCUCCUAAACCCUUGCUAUCCUUGCAUCUGCUCAAACAGCGUACUGCCCUUGCCGGCUGUACUCUUGCCUUCUUCUACUUCAUGGCAUUCUACUUCUCCGUUCAGCCGUACCUUUAUUCUUAUCUUCAGGUUGUUCAGGACUAUGAUGUAGCCACAGCGGGCCGCGUCACACAAACGUUUGCUUUCACGUCUACAAUUGCUGCUUUUGGGGUCUCCAUCUUGAUUAAAUACACACGGCGGUAUCGCAUCUAUGUUACCGUUGGCUGCGUGAUCUACAUAAUGGGGAUUUUCCUCAUGUUGACCUACCGCAAAGAAGGUAGCUCACCGGCUCUGGUUCUUGGAACCCAGGUGAUAGUUGGUGCGGGCGGCGGACUCCUUAAUGUACCUGUCCAAUUGGGUGUUCAGGCCUCCGCCAGCCAUCAAGACGUUGCAGCCGCCACGGCAAUGUUCCUUACAUCCAUGGAAAUGGGUGGUGCUGUAGGAGCCGCCAUUUCUGGCGCCAUCUGGACUCAUCACAUUCCACGCAAACUUCAGGAAUACCUUCCUGAUGAGGCCAAGGCAGAUGUCGGGGAGAUCUUUGGCAAGUUGACCAAGGCGCUUUCAUACCCAAUGGGCUCACCUGCGCGAGUGGCCAUCAACCGGGCCUAUCAGGAAACGAUGAACAAGCUCUUAGUUUUGGCAUUGAUUGCAACUAUCCCGUUACUUCCCCUGAGCCUUCUUAUGUCGAACUAUCGACUCGACAAGAUGAGCGAAUCUCCGCGUCACGAGCCCAUACCUGCCGAACCAAUUGCGGAUGAAGCUCAAUCUGAAGCACACUCGAAACGAGUCUAA